AUAUUAAGUACAUAUUAGUUAUAGCUAAGAAACGGUGAUAUUGUUUUUCAUAUAUAACCCUUAAAUUGAUACCCGAGAUCUUCUAUAGCUGCUGUAGUAGAUAUAUCCAUUUUUGCAGUAAAUUAAUUAUUAAAAAAAUAGGGCACAAUAUAGCACGAGUAGUGCACGAGACAACAAAGAAAUUAUUGAUGAGGUAGCUAGCUUUAAGCUGUUGUGGGAGGUCAUCGCCUCACCAACUGCAUGCUAAAUAUAUCGAUAGAUAUAUUAUGCUUUGUUAUAUUCUGUCUUGCCUAACCGGCCGCAUCUCCCCCUUCCUCCACUCACUUUAAGCAUCGAUCACUGCUUGGUACUACUACGUCGCUUAAUCACUUCUUGAUUCCUUUGCUAACCUACUACUCCACUACUUGGCCUGCCACAGUUUGAUAGCUAGCUUAGCUAGCUAGCGAUCGAUCGACGUCGUCGUUGAUCCAUCGCCACCGGCGCCGGCGGCGAUGUGCCUCCCGUUCCUCUGCGGCGGUGACGACCCCGUGAAAAAUAGCGAGGUACGGCCGCCGGCGAGGCACCCGAGAGAAGGUCCAAACGACGGCGACGGCGGCCACAAGCCAUCACCACCUCCGCAUGCCGGCGGCGCCGUCAACGGCAACGGGGGAGCUGCUCCGCCUGCUCCGGCGACGUCGCCGGACACCGAGGUCCGGGCGCCCACCUAUGGCGAUAAACAGAUCAGUCCUCCGAAGGAAGGCGCAGCUGGGAAGCCGCCUAUGGUGGUCCCGGCGGCAAAUCAUCCGCAAGCUCCCACCGGCGAGGAGGCUAAGAAGGCUCACGGCGGCGGCGGCGCCGUCGGUCGCCGCAAUGGAAUUUCGUCCACGGUACUCACGGCGCCGCCGCCAGUGGGACCCAUGGCUGCUCCAGCGACGACAGUGAAGGAUGCUCCUCCUGCUGCUGCUGCUGCUGCCGCCAACGACGUCCAUGGCGAUGCUGAUGAGCAACACCCUGGCUAUGGUGAUCACGGCGAGGUCGACGACCGCAAGCCUCGACGCAGAUCAUGGUUGUGAGGUGAGCAAUGGCACGCAACUACAUAUUGGCUGUGCUGUGAAUUGUGAUCCUCGUUCUUUAUGCAUAUGCCGCUCUCGGCGCUGCUGGCUGGUGAUCAACGAUGCAUAUAUACAUAUGUGCUAUAUAUAUUUUUACAGGUUUGCAAAAAAUAAAGAGACAUUAGUUGCUAAUUGUUGUUCUUGUGCCCUAACUAGUUUGGGUGUAAUAUUGUGUUAAUUGUUGUAUUUUAGUAUGUGCACUUGUAUGGGUGUUGAUGAAUCAUGGACAUAUAUCAGUAUUGCAUGAUCUCGAUUAUAAUGCAGAGCAAAAUCUGCAAAUU